AACCAGAUACAUUGGUGGUACGUGGAGAUAUGACCCCAGGGUGGGAAAGGAUGAGAACGGCUUACCGUUGCACACAAGCAUGUAUAUGCAUUUAAGAACAAACUUACCAAAACCAACAAUGGAACUGCGUGGUUUUCCUGUACCAAGAGAAAUGCAAUCCUUCCCAAGCUGGAACGUAUAUUAUGAAUACAUAAAGGCUUAUGCGGCGCAUUUUAAUUUAUACAAACACAUAAAGUUUUUGCACUACGUAACAUCAGUGAAAAGGGUAGGGAAUGUGUGGAAAGUGAAACACAGACAUAUUCUAAAAGGCGAGGUGUUCGAGGAGGAAUACGACUUUGUUAUAGUUGGGACAGGCCAUUUCAGUAAACCAAAUAUGCCGGAAAUUCUACAUGAAAAACUUUUUAAAGGAACAAUAAUCCACAGCCACGACUACAGAGUACCCGAUGUGUUCACCAACCGUCAUGUCCUGGUAGUCGGUGCGGGUCCUUCUGGAAUGGACAUCGCUCUAGAUGUAGCAAAAUAUUCGAAGUCCCUUGUCCAUAGCCACCAUUCUAAGGUGAACUUUAGAACGAAGUUCCCGGACCACUACAUCAGGAAGCCCGACAUCAAAGAAUUUAACGAAACCGGAGUUAUUUUUGUUGAUGGUACCUAUGAAGAAAUUGAUGAUGUUAUAUAUUGUACUGGAUAUGAAUACGACUAUCCAUUUCUGGACAAAUCAUGUGGCCUAGUGAUCGACAAGCACAGUGUAAUCCCCCUGCACAAAUACAUGGUGAACAUAAAUGAACCAAGCAUGGUGAUAAUGGGACUGGUUAUACGGGCGUGUCUUGUAGUCGCUAUAGACGCACAGGCCCGUUAUGCAACAGCCUUGAUAAAAGGAAAUUUCACCCUACCUUCUAAAGAAGAAAUGAUGAGUGAAUGGCAAAGGCAGGCUGACAUAAUUCGUUCUAAGGGACGACCAAUAUCUGACAUACAUUUCUUGGCAGAGAAAGAGGACCAAUACUACGAAGAAAUGUCUGAAGAAUCGGGGAUCGAUCGAGUUCCUCCUGUCAUGUUUAAAAUACGUACGAUGGACACCGAAGCUAAGCUCGAAAACCUCUACACUUACAGGAACUAUGUAUACGAAGUCAUAGACAGGAAUACAUUCACAAGGCGCCUGGAGACUGAAACGAAAACCGCGAACAACAGUGCCUUACCUUAAUUUAUAUUACAAAUGAUCUAAUACAAAGAACUGAGUGAUGAAUCGGGCAUAGACCGAGUGCCCACUGUCAUGUCUAAACUACGAAAUGUAAACAAUGCAACAAAACUGGAAAACUUAUUUACAUACAGAGACUAUAUUUAUGAAUUGAUUGAUGAUAAAUCGUUUAGAAGAAUUGAACGUUCAAAAAUGCGUGAAAAAUUAGAUGGCAAGAUGGCUUAAAAUGUUUUGUUUGUUGUGGAUGAUGGUUAGUAAUCACGUAGUUUAAUAGUCCACUAUUAGUGGAACUACUAGUAGAGUAUUAAACUAAAAUAUUUUAUUUAUUUAUUGAACAUAAAUUUAAC